AUGGUCCAAUGCCGAGAUAAACAACAGCCUGAGUUCAUAUAUUUUCCAGAACAUCCCCUCUCAAAGGACCUCCUCCACCCAUCAGAAGAGAAAAGGAAACACAAGAUGCUGGCGCAGAGCCCUAACUCCUACUUCAUGGAUGUGAAGUGCCCAGGAUGCUACAAAAUCACCACCACCUUUAGCCAUGCACAAACAGUAGUUUUGUGUGUUGGCUGUGCCACUGUCCUUUGCCAGCCUACAGGAGGAAAAGCAAGACUUACAGAAGGAUACUCCUUCAGACAGAAGCAGUGCUAA